AUGUCCACCUUUCCCUAUGUUAUCGUAAACGCAUUCACGCGUACGCCCUUCGGGGGUAACCCAGCUAUUGUCGUUGCUCUCCCACCAAACUCUCUUUCCCAAUCCCAAACAUUCAGCGAAGAGACUAUGAUAAGAAUCUGUCUCUCAUUCGCGCAGCCCGUCUGUGUCUUUCUUUCGUUAUCCUCCGACGAUUCCAGCAUCCUUGACAUCCGGUUCUAUAUCGGGACCUAUGCACCGCUUAUCUGUGGACAUGGGGUGUUCGCUGCAGUCAUGGCGUUAUGUACGGACGCUCUGCCAUCCCUUGGUCAAUGGGGUCCAGAAGUGAAGUUCCGCACGAAGGCAGGCGCGAUUAUUUCUGCACGCAGCGUCGCAGAGAAUGGGUCUGAUGAAGAAAAGUACGAGAUCGUGCUUCCCGCAACUCCAAUCGUCGCCCUUCUAGACGCGGAGACUGCCAGGAUUGCAAGUAUAGUCAGCAAGGCCGCCGGCAGGGAUUUACAGGUGGAGUAUGUCGCCAAAGGCGAAGGCAAGAUGGACAAUUACUUGAUGAUCGUCGUCGGUCAAAAUGAAAACUUGGGCGACAUGAAACUAGACACCGAUGUCCUGCGCGAAACUUCUUACAGCAUCAAUAUCAUCACACACGCUACGCCUGAUGCCGAUCAAGUCUUCGUCUCGCGUAUGUUUGCACCUGAAAAAGGUCUCCCUGAAGAUCAUGUCUGUGGAAGCGCGCACACGUUGCUCGUACCUUACUGGGCGACUCGGCUUGGGAAGAAGGAUGAGGAGGAGAUGUAUGUUCGUCAGGUGAGCCCGCGUGGAGGAGAGUUGUGGGUGACUUGGGAUCAGGACAAAGGUCUUGUCAGGCUCAAGGGCUGUGCGCAGGCUUUCGGAAAGGGUGAAUUUACCAUUUGA